UGGUGGUGGUGUUAUGAACUGCAUGGUUGGUGUGGCGCGUCAGUAAUUUGGGAGGAGAACCUGUUUACACGGUUACGCACAGCCAGUGUGGAGAGCGCGCUGAACACGAGCCACUAACACCAGUGACAAACCUGACAGUGCGUCUGGCGCAAAACAGCACUCUACCUCAACUGACUCAACAGCGCGUGCAGUAGUCGCAGCUUGUGAAUUCGGACCUUCCGGAAUGAGUUUCAAACCGAGAAAUCGCUGCAAGUGACACUUGAGUGAAAGGAGAGGGGGGGAAUGGAUGGAAGGAUGGAUGGAUGCGCGCUUCUCUCUCAGCUGUGGAAACAGGAAGGUGCGCUGCGCUUUAAAAUGAGACUCGCGGCCAGCGGAACACACGUGUAAACUUUUCUUUAUGGAGUUUCAAAAUGACAUUGUCUAAUCUGAACCAGAGUCAUGACGCGCGCAAUCUGUCUCUUUCCGAGGUUUCUAACAGCAGCGGAAACGCGACGUGCGCCGGAACCGUGCUGGACGCGCAGGUCGUGGCGGUGGGAAUCUUCCUGGCUGUCUUCAUCCUGGCUGCGAUCGUCGGGAACAUUUUGGUCAUCCUGUCUGUCCUGUGCAACAGACACUUACAGACUGUGACCAACUUCUUCAUAGUCAACUUAGCCAUCGCGGAUUUGCUCCUGAGCGUCGUGGUGUUGCCGUUCUCCGCGUCUCUGGAGGUGUUUGGAUGUUGGGUGUUUGGACGCGUGUUUUGCAACAUCUGGGCUGCUGUGGACGUGCUGUGCUGCACCGCGUCCAUCCUCAGCCUGUGCGUCAUCUCCAUAGACCGAUACAUUGGAGUCAAGUACUGCCUCAAAUACCCCACGAUCAUGACCGAACGCAAAGCCGGGGUCAUCCUGGUGCUGGUCUGGGUCUCCUCGGUGGUCAUCUCGGUGGGGCCGCUUUUAGGCUGGAAGGAACCUCCGCCGUCGGAUGAGAGCAUCUGCAGCAUCACCGAGGAACCCGGUUACGCUCUGUUCUCCUCGCUGUUCUCCUUCUACCUCCCGCUCAUGGUCAUCCUCGUCAUGUACUUUCGGGUGUACGUCGUGGCCCGGAGGACCACCAAGAGCCUGGAAGCAGGAGUGAAGCGAGAAAGGAACAAAUCCAUGGAGGUGGUGCUGCGGAUCCACUGCCGGAGCUCUCCGGAGGACGCCGGCGCGGGGUCGAAAAGCAAGAACCACCCGCUGCGCAGCUCGCUCUCCGUGCGCCUCAUGAAGUUCUCCAGAGAGAAGAAAGCAGCCAAAACUCUGGCCAUCGUGGUCGGGAUGUUCAUCGUGUGUUGGCUGCCGUUUUUCUUCGUCUUGCCUUUAGGUUCUUUCUUCCCUGCUCUGAAACCUUCCGACGUGGUGUUUAAAGUCAUCUUCUGGUUGGGGUACUUCAACAGCUGCAUCAACCCAGUCAUCUACCCCUGCUCUAGUAAAGAAUUCCAGCGAGCUUUCACUCGCCUUCUUCGCUGCCAGUGCCAUCACCGACGACGCAGCUUACGCCGCUUCUACGACCAGCGCUGGCGUACAGCCCUCAGGGGGGCAGCCAGAGACUCACGGGGUGACUAUCAGCCCGGUUUCUCCUUCCAUGAUUCCUGCAGCAGCUCGAUCUUCUCAUGUCGGACCAAAGGCGGCUCCCUGAACCUGAAAAGCUGGAGCCUCUUCCCUCCCUUGCAGAAGUCUUCCUUCCAUCUGAAGGAGAAGAUGAACAACUUGUCUAACAAGAUCAAGAGCGGCGCAGGGAAGAGUUCAAUGCCCUCGUUGGAGAGGACCGAGAUCGAUACGGUGGCCAUGGGGAUCUACAGCGAGUGCAGCGAGCCAAGCGGGUAUCAGAUAUACGAUCUGACGGAAUGUUACGGCUUGAAGGAGACAGAUAUCUAAACAGAGGCGUUCUCGUUUUGCGAAUGUCUGGCAGCGAGUUGCUCAGAGACAGACACGUAAUAAAAAACGUCCCAAACGCUCACUCUUUUAAGAGAUACAAUUCAAGCCCAAGACAAGGAAAUGUGUUUUUUUUUGUUUGUUUGUUUUUUUUUUUUUUUUUGCUUCAAAGACGAGGACAGACAUUUAUUCUCACAGGGGUAAUUUAAGCAUUUGACUCUCAGUCGUGAACACAGAAGCUGCGGAUGUUUGUUAUUUUCCCCUGUAAAGUACAACUACUGCUUUACUCCAUACACAAGUGCCGUCAGUUGGCAUACAAACAGACUCUGCACUCUGUAAAUCCAUGUGGCCUUUCUGUAGAAUCCUUUAAAGUCACCCAAAACUUUGCCUAUAUUGAAUUAUAAAAACUGGUCAUUAGGGACACCUGUACCUUUACCCUCAUCCAAAAAUAAAGAAAUCAAGAUUAUAUCAAGAAUCCUGAGCAAGAACUCGAGAUUAUAUUAAUAUGUAAAACACUCUGAUAUGCUAUUAUAGGGGAUAAUUCAACGAUAAGGUGAUAUGGUUCAUCACUUCGUCGUAAAAUAGUUUGUUUUCCUGUAACAGCACAUCCCCAGGAAAGAGUUUUAUUCCUCUUCUACAGCAGCAAUUUUCCAAUGAUUCCAUUUUUUUUUUUUGUUAAUUAAUUAAAGAAUGAUGUUUUAUCCUUUUAUAGUUAUAUUUAAUGUCGUGGAACAUCCAUGAAACAGAGAAACCACAACGUCUAAAAGAACUCUGGGUUAAAAACAACCCAGAUCGGGUUAUUUUUAGCUCAGCGGCUGGGUAAAUAAUAGGACGGAACACGUUUUGGACUAAACUUAACCCGUCAAGUCGGGUUGUUCAUUUUGACCCAGCAGAUGGGUCGUUUUUCAACCCAAAGGAUGGUUUCAUUUUUACAAAAACGCUGGGUUCAUUUUAUUUCAUAAAUGGGUUAAUAUUUAAUGUUAAACUUUGAAAAUGUCAGAUUUUAUAAACCACAUUAUAAACAAUUUUUUUUUUUUUUAUUUAUACACAAGAAGGGGUUCAGAAAUGUAUCGUUAGAGCUGCUAAAGUGGUGUUUAUGUUUAUAUAUAUAUAUAUAUAUAUAUAUAUAUAUAUAUAUAUAGACUUUGAAGUAAAUGACUCGAAUAAGUCAUAUAUUUAAGACGAAAACGUCAGAUUUUGAUCAAACGAGACGUUUAAAAGUAACCGACUUACGAUCCAGUGGGCGUUACAAACAAGUACGCCAAAGCUAACGAAGAUAGCGGUGAAUUUAAUGUUAUGUAGACUGUUAUCGCACAAUUUAGCUUUUUCUAGUGUACAGUAAUAGCUUUAUGGAUAAAUAUAUUGAUACGAAUAUAUUGGUUUCUCCAAUUAAAUGACCCGAAAGGCUCAACCCAGUGUUUGGGUGUAAAAAAUAACCCAGCAUUUUUUUUUUUUUUUUUUAGAGUACAAACUUCAAGUGUGUCAGAAAAAAAAAAAAAAUACAAAGCUCUGUCACUGGAGACUCCUUCCAAAAUUGCUUCCAGUCAAUGGCUGUAAGACACAAUGGAACUUAGGACACCGAAUUUCACAAUUCUGUGAAAUUGUGUCUUCCGUUUGUUUGGUUCUCGGUCGAGAUGGAGAAGAGAUUGGCUAAAAGUUACUUACGAUAAAAUGUUUUGGUUGAAAUACAGUACGUUUCGGUCUUUGAUUAGCCGUCUUUUUGUCUUCGUAGGGAACAAAAUUGCUCGUUGCUAAAUGAACGCACAUAAUGCAUCCAUCAAUGCGAGAAGGAAGGUCGUGCAUGUGAGCGCCCUCUAACCACUAAAACCACGUCGAUUAGCAGCCAAAACAAAAGCCUAAAGAUUUUCAGCUCCACAGCUUUCCGAAAGCCACCGCAGUGACAUGUUUACAUUUGGAGCAGGAAAAUGUACACAUUUUCUAUAGUUUAGGGUGACUUUAAAACGACGGUCACGUAUCAGAAUACCACUAAAGAGCUCGUUCGUAACAUCGGAGCUCGGAUCCAUCCUCUGAAACUAAAGACCUAAAGACAGGGAGCUACUUAUAACUGUGAGACAUCUGAGGAACCGGGAAACCCGUGGUACCGCUUGCUAUUUAUGUACUGACUUGCCAAGACGCACUGUGGCGUUUCCAUACGGUAUGUAGAGUGCUCGUGGUUUAACCGAAACAGGUUAUUAUUAUUAUUAUUAUUAUUUAAAUUGAACACAACACACUACUUCUAUACACGGAUUUUGACUAUAUGUUGAUAUUGGUUUGAAAUGGAACGCUUGAUCCUUGAAACCAGGCGACGAGCACAUAACAAAAAGUUUUCGUUUUAAUUCUUGAAUCAUGUUCUGAAUUCAUUCGUAUUUGCGGAUGUGAUGUCCAUCCAUGUCUGAUGUAACAUAAACAAUAAAUCGAAUAGA